AUGGACGUUCUCGUGAAGAAAGAGAUCAUUGAAACGAUAAAUGCACGAAAACGGAAGCUAAACGACGUAGCACGUAAACACCUUGAAUCGGUCAUCCAACUCAGCAGUAGUAGCAGUGAUUCUGACUCGAAUGAUGACUCAGACGGUCCGGACGAGAACAUCAAUGCAAACACCACCAUUGCAGCUGUGGACCGACCUGAAGGCAGGAUUAGGAAGAAGAGAAAGGUGAAUGACGUCGAUUUUCAACUUCCGAUGGGGUUUUUGUCUACUCUACCGCCAGAUGAUCCGAUUCCAGCUCAGUUGGACUCUGUUACGGCGGUUGCUGGUGGUGCUGAGACGCCGGAGCAGGUGGCAAGUAGUAUUUCGAGUGUGCUUUGCAAGCAGUUUUGGAAGGCUGGAGAAUAUGACGGAGUCUCAUCUACUGAUUGUGAUUUACCUUCAGGUGGCAUGGAUCAUGUAAGGGUUCAUCCAAAGUUUCUACAUUCAAAUGCAACGAGUCAUAAAUGGGCUCUUGGAGCUUUUGCGGAGCUUCUUGACAACUCUUUGGAUGAGGUCUGCAAUGGAGCAACAUAUGUUAAUAUGGACAUGCUUAAAUGUAAGAAAGAUGGGAAUCAAAUGUUGCUAAUUGAAGAUAAUGGUGGCGGGAUGGAUCCUGAUAAAAUGCGUCAGUGCAUGUCUCUCGGAUACUCGGCAAAAAGCAAAGUAGCAAACGCCAUUGGACAAUAUGGUAAUGGAUUCAAGACUAGUACCAUGAGGCUUGGCGCAGAUGUUAUUGUAUUUUCCCGGUGUCGUGGAAAAGAUGGAAAACAUCCCACACAGAGCAUUGGACUGCUAUCCUACACAUUUUUGACUAGCACAGGAAAGGAAGACAUUGUGGUACCCAUGCUGGAUUAUGAAUGGCGACAAGAAGAAUGGAGCAAGAUCAUACGAUCUACUGAUGGUGACUGGUAUAGGAAUUUGGACACUAUAGUGGAGUGGUCUCCCUUUUCCAGUAAGCUGACCUCCUUCUUCAAUCUGAUGAAAGACCAAGGUACACAAAUUAUUAUAUAUAAUCUCUGGGAGGAUGACCAAGGACUAUUGGAACUUGAUUUUCUUGGCGACCCACAUGAUAUCCAACUCAGAGGUGUUAACUGUGAUGAGACAAAUAUACAAAUGGCAAAACAGUUUCCCAACUCUAGGCACUUCCUGACAUAUAAACAUUCGUUGAGGAGUUACGCGUCAAUACUUUAUUUGAGACUUCCUCCCAACUUCAGAAUCAUUUUACGCGGGAAAGAUGUUGAGCAUCACGACAUAGUUAAUGAUAUGAUGUUAACUGACAGGGUUACGUAUCGACCAAAUCCCAGUGCUGAGGGGGCCCCUAAGGAUUUGCAUCUGUCUGCUAUGGUGAUCAUUGGUUUUGUGAAAGAUGCCAAACAUCACAUUGAUGUUCAGGGUUUCAAUGUUUAUCACAAAAACCGGCUCGUCAAGCCUUUUUGGAGGGUUUGGAAUUCUUCCGGGAGUGAUGGUCGUGGAGUUUUAGGUGUUUUGGAGGCUAAUUUUGUUGAGCCAGCUCAUGAUAAGCAGGGUUUUGAGCGUACAACAGUUCUUGCCAGACUCGAAGCACGACUAGUACAAAUGCAAAAAGCUUACUGGUCCAUCAAUUGUCAUAGAAUUGGCUAUGCUCCACGGCGUAAUAAGAAAAAUAUAAACCAGUCUCUAGCCAAAGAUACUUCUCCUGGUCGUGAUCCAAAAAUAUCUACUAGAUUGAAUAAGAAUGGUACUUCUAGCACUUCUAGCAGCAAUCGACUCUCUUCAGACUCAGACAAGUCAAAUUCACCCUCAAGUUGGAGAAAAAGAGGAAAAGAAAGUCUGGGAUUUCGUGAAACAGUGGAUCGUGGAUAUGGAAAUGGACAUUUGUUUAACAAGGGUGAUUAUAAUAAAAAGCUGCUGAUAGAUAAAGGUAGAAAGGACAUGCCAAAAUCUGGAAAAGGAUCAAGCCCAUCUAGACUAUCUUUCCAUCUGGCAGAAGAUGCAACUAUUGAUGUGUAUGAGGUCUUACCUGAGAGACAAGCUAAUGUAAGCAGUCAAAAGUUUGUUAUAGUAUAGAAGUUGAAGGUUAGUUCUGAUCGUGGUCUAAAUGAUGGCGAGCCUUCGCUUUCUGAGGCCAACUUACAUAUACUGGAGCAAUUGACGCAGGAAAAUUGUGAAUUGAAGAAAAGAUUAGAGAAAUAUGAGGGAGCGCAUCAAAGUGAAUUGCUCAAUGAUUUGCAGAAGGAAAGAAGCCAAUGCAAAUCACUCGAAAUCGAGCUGACAGCAGCGCAGGAAAAAAUCGACAAUCUGAGCAUUGAACAUGAAAGUCUGAUUCACAUUUUCUCGGAAGAGAGGGAUCGAAGAAACAAGGAGGAAGAAAACUUGAGAAAGAAGCUAAAGGAAGCAUCUAAUACCAUACAAGAAUUGCUUGACAAGAUUAAGUUGCUGGAGAAGAUGAAAUCUCCCGUACUUCGAUAGCCGAUCAACAUUAUUUUCUGAUGCUCCUCCAGAUGUUUGUGAAAUAGUUGCUGCGGACCGACGGUGGCUGGACCCUCCGUGAUUUCCGGCGAUUGUGGGUCUAUUUUGGGAUUGAGACUCUUCAUAUGUUUGGGAUUAGGGUCCCCUCAGUCUCCGUUCCUACUCAAGUUGCUUUCUGGUGGGAUUUUUUCGUGGUUUGAUUUCUUUGUUGUGUUUUGCUGUUUCCUGUUCUUUAGCUCCGAUUGGGGCUUCUCUGUUGUUUGGGUUGUAUUGUUUUUUCCCCUGUCCAAUGUCUAUAAUAAAGCAAAGCGAAUCAUUUUCAAAAAAAAAAAAAGAAAAACAUUUGCAAUUGACUCAAAUCUCUACAAACUCACACGCCAUAAA